AACGACAUGUCGUCACGGACAGUGCCUCCAGCCAAAAUGGCGCUAUGUUUAUGUCUCAGUCUAAUCCUUUAUCGCACUUGAUGAGAUUCAUGGCGCGAUGCGGUGAUUUCUGUCGCUUGGAAAGCAACCCGGGGACCCGUUUAUCCACCGUCUAACCGAACCACGACCGAAUCCGCGACACGUUUGAACGCAGCUGAGAGGAUGCAGGCUGAGGCCGCAGACUCUGCCCUGAGGGAGGGCAUGGAGGCCAUGGGGGUGAAGGACUCAGAGAAAGCGGCUGCAGCCACAGAGGAGCAGGGCGGCGCCGGGCAGCAGGACACGGAGGUGACGGCUGGAGAGGAGGAAGACUCUGCUGCCAAGGAUGAAGCAGACGAGAACACGGAUGCAGCUGAAGCAGAGGCGCAGACGGGCGAGAGCCAGGACAGCGCCGGAGGCGACGCCGACGAGGGGAAGCAGGCUGCGGUCGCGGACGACGAGUGGGAGAUCCCGUACAGCGACGAGGAAAUGGAAGACCCCAAAAACUGGAUGCCCGCUCCGGCUGAGAUCAAAAGACUCUAUGAGGCCCUUGCUAAAGGCGAGAUGCUGGAGCUGAACUUUGUGCCCCUCCCCAGGAGGCCCCCAACACCGGAGCGCACCCCUUCGCCUGAGAGGGACGACGAGGAAGAUGCGACGAAGGAGAGGGAGCGGCUGGAGAGGGAACGGAAGCCUCCGACUCCAACUGAGUUCGACUUUGAUGAGGAACAAAUGCAAAGCACCCCGAAAAACCCCUUCCUCAACAGACGCAGAACACCAGGCUCCUCUGCCCGCUCCUCCGUGAAGCGAGAAGCCCGCCUGGACAAGGUGUUGUCGGACAUGAAGCGGCACCGGAAAAUCGAGGAGCACAUUUUGCGCACGGGGCGGGAUCUCUUCCGGAGCGAGAAGAAGCUGGAGGAGGCGCUUUCCCCGAACAGCCAGAAGGAGCGAGAGAAGGAGAGGGAAAGAGACAGCAACCCCAACACCAUCUUCUCCCCGAGGCAGAGGAGAUACUAAAGGACUCCCUGAUCAGGACUCAGACCCAGAGGACAAUCAGGAAACGGAAUAUUUUCUAAUGUAAAAAAUUUUGUAUGCUUUUUUUUUGUGAAUUUGUAUGAAGAAUAAACAUUUUAAAACUUAAACGUAA